AUGGCCCCUUCCGCCACUUCUCCUGUCCCUACCCUCGAAGCCGAGGACCAUGCCCGUGAUGCUGCCUUUAACAAAGCUCUUCACGGCAAGUCCGCCGGUGCACGAGGAGGCUUGAUGGCUCUGAGGGCCAAAGAUGACAAGGCGCAAAAAGUUGCAGUUGACGAAUACUUCAAACACUGGGACAACAAGGCCGCCGCCACUGAGACCGAGGAGGAUCGCCAGGCACGACGAGCUGAAUAUGCUACUUUGACUCGACACUACUACAACCUGGCCACCGACCUCUACGAAUAUGGCUGGGGCACUUCCUUUCACUUCUGUCGCUUCGCCAUCGGUGAAUCUUUCCACAAGGCGAUUGCCCGUCAUGAACAUUACUUGGCCUACAAGAUGAACAUGCAAGAGAACUCUCGGGUGCUAGAUGUUGGUUGUGGUGUCGGCGGGCCCGCCAGGGAAAUGAUCCGGUUCACUGGCGCCCAUGUCACAGGGUUGAACAACAAUGACUACCAAAUCGAGCGGUCAAUUCAUUAUGCUGAGAAGGAGGGUCUUGCCGACAAGUGGAGCGUGGUCAAGGGCGAUUUCAUGCAAAUGUCUUUCCCCGAGAACAGUUUCGAUGCUGCCUACGCCAUUGAGGCCACUGUCCACGCCCCCAGUCUGCAAGGUGUUUAUGAGCAGAUUUUCCGCGUCUUGAAGCCUGGAGGUGUCUUUGGCGUCUACGAGUGGCUGAUGACCGACAAGUACGACAAUGACAAUCCACGUCAUCGUGAGAUCCGUCUAGGAAUCGAACAAGGGGAUGGAAUCUCCAACAUGGUCAAGGUUUCCGAGGGUUUGGCCGCUAUCAAGGCAGCUGGCUUCGAGCUGGAGUACCACGAGGAUCUCGCAGACCGGCCAGACCCUAUUCCGUGGUAUUACCCUCUUGCAGGAGAUUUCCGUUACCUGGGCAGCGUCGGCGACCUCUUCACCAUCAGCCGAAUGACCUGGUGGGGACGAGGACUGGUCCACAAAUUCCUUGGCUUGGGAGAGAAGCUGAAGGUGGUCCCUCAAGGCACUCAGAAGACCGCCAACAGUUUGGCAUACGCAGCAGACUGCUUGGUUGCUGGUGGAAAGGAGAAGCUGUUCACUCCGAUGUAUUUGAUUGUCGCACGCAAGCCCGCCACGUCUUGA